UUUCACUUCUUUCAAUCCACCCCAACUCUCUGUCGAUGGUAUACAGAAUUGCCUAGAUAUUCCAAUUUUUCUUUGCAAACCCUAUUUUACAGAAUUUGUAUCACAAUUCCGAGAUCUAGGCUCCAGAACUCCCUAAAUACCAAUUGAACUUCCCAUUCCUUACCACCAAGAUGCCCCCACGAAUACAAAGCCGGCGGGCAUCGAGCUCUCUCCUCCCCUAUCUCUCUUCUUCAUCUUCGAACACCUCCUCAUCCGCUUCGUCCGUUCCCGUACACAUAAUCCCAUGCAGUUCGCCACAAUCCCGUCCAUUCUCCUCAACAAUGGCCCAGAACACAAGGCACCGAGCCCGAAUGUUCGAAUGGCUAAAUGGCCCUGGGGCUGCUCUGAAAUAUCACAUUCCCGGGUCAACGAAUUAUCUCACAGACUUGAAACUACGUAGUUCUGGGGAUGAUACAGAGACGUCUCGUUCCCCGAAGCCGUUCCCGCUGAACCCGCACUUCGUGAGCGAAAAGAUACUAAGUGAGGAUUUGCGCAAUGAGAUCUAUGAGCGGGUUGCAGUUCGGAAGAAGACUGUUCGGGAGGUUAGUGUUGAGAUGGGGGUGGAUAUGAGGAGGGUCGCAGCUGUGGUGAGGUUGGUUGAAAUGGAAAAGAGGUGGAGGAAUGAGGGAAAACCCUUGGCUCUUCCGUACGCUCGCGCAGUACAUGAAAUGGUCCCUACCACACCCCUUGUUAAAGGAAACCGGCCACAAAUAGCUCACGAGUCAAUCAAUGACCUUCCCGUUCACCGUCUGACAGAUCCUCAAAUAUUCCACCCUGUAUCCGAAUCACGCCAAUUCACCCGUAUCGACGCCGGACGUGUCUUCUCAGCCGCACCUGCCCUCGAACACACUGAAUCUUCAACGGAGGAUUUGAUUGACCCUGUGAAGGCCGCGAACCGCAUCAAACGAGACCCCAGAUCUAUCGAACGCGUCGGCAAAGGCGACGAAGAGAUGCAGGUCCUCCAACCCGCUGACGUUCGUAUCCCUCACCCCCAACUGGUCAUGUAUGAACGCGACCGCAUCACAUAUCCCAACGAGCAGCGACUCCGGGAGAAACGCUACGAGACACUUCUUAAAUCGCAAGAAGAAGCGGACCAGGAGGCCAAGAGACUCGCAAAGGAGCGCGAAGAGAAGCGCACCACCAGAAUCCAGCCUGAGUCGUCCCGGUUCGAAUUCCGCAUCACCGAUGUCACCGUUAGUCAGCAGACGACGGGUGCUGAUGGCCGGGGCCCGAGAGGUGUUGGCCGUAGGUACGGUGUGCCGAACUACGAUCGGAAGAAGGGACAGGUCAAGAUUCCCACCAAGGUUGAGGUUUGAUUUGGUUUCCGUUUUCAACCAUUUCUCUUUUUAUUCUUUUACAAAGCUGGAUGUACCUGUAGAUAUAUACCUGAAGAUGUUGGCAGCUUCUCAUAUGAAUAUUGUAUUAUAGCCAUGUUAACAUCAAAUCAAUGUACCAACACCAUUGGUAUCCUAGUGGAAACAGCCAAGGCUUCGUUUACUACUGUAUAUAGAAUUGUAGUC